UGAGAAAGAGUGAGGGUUCUCAUCAAAUACUCUACCGCCUGCAGGUGCAGAAGAUUGGAACAAGGAUAGCCUUUCUUCCUGUGCAGCCACUCCAGUGCACGCCGCCGCAGCUUGCUACACGUGCCGGGCAAGGGCAAUGGAUUCCAGCAGCAGAGUGAUCGCCUUCGAUUGCAGCUCCUUCAAACUCUACAUGGACGGCCAAGUCGAGCGUGCGGCCCAACGCAUGGAAACCGUGCCCGCCGGCUUCGACGCGGACACGGGCGUGGCAUCCAAAGACGUCGUCAUCGACGUCGCCACCGGCGCCACCGUGCGGCUCUACCUACCACCAGUCCAGGGAGCCACGACGAAGCUCCCAGUCGUCGUCUUCUUCCAUGGCGGCUACUUCAUCGUCGGCUCAGCCCGCGAGCCUAUGUACCAUCGCUAUGUCAACUCGCUGGUCGCCAGAGCACGCGUCGUCGCUGUCUCCGCCGACUACCGCCUCGCGCCAGAGCACCCGCUCCCGGCAGCCUACGACGACUCCUGGGCCGCGCUCAAGUGGGCGGUCUCCGGCGCGGACCAGUGGCUGUCCGACCACGGCGACCUCGGCCGCGUCUUCCUGGUCGGCAUCAGCGCCGGCGGUAACAUUGCCCACAACAUGGCCAUCUCUGUGGGCGUGAGCGGCUUGCCGGCCGCUGAACCACCGCGCAUAGAAGGCGUGAUCCUGCUCCACCCUUCCUUUUCCGGCGAACAGAAGAUGGAUGUAGAAGAAGAGGAGUUCUGGCGAUCUAACAAUAGCAGGUGGGCGGUCAUCUUCCCGGGCGCGACCGGCGGGGCGGACGAUCCAAGGAUUAACCCGAUGGCGGACGGCGCGCCGAGCCUGGAGAAGCUAGUGGGUGAAAGGCUGCUCGUCUGCACGGCGUCUUUGGACCCGAGGGCGCCGAGGGGGCCCGGAUACUGCGAGGCCGUACGGGCCAGCGGGUGGCGCGGGAAGGUGGAGUGGUUCGAGACGGAAGGUGAGGACCACGGUUUCUUCGUCCUCAACCCCGGCAGCCACAAGGCGGUUGAGGUCAUGGAUCGAGUGGUUGCUUUCCUUGCGGACCAGUGAUGACCUCCUCAGGGCACAGCAAGGUCUAGCAGCUCGCCGCAAAACCGGACGUCCUAGCUACGGCGCAGCCGUUCUCAGGCGAUUGUUUACUGUCUGUACUCCCAAGAGUGUCCUAGAUGAGUUAUUGGAAUAAACACUACAGUCAAUUCAAACCAUUCAGAGAUGUGGGAUAUGGAUAUUUGGUUAUGUUGUGGUGCAAUUAUAAACAUCAAGUCAAUAACUUUGUUUACCUGUG